AUGCUUGUAAGGAUCGUAGAAGGCCUUCUUCUUCUUGGGACCGGACAAUUUCAAAGAAUAAGAGGCAUUGUAAGUGAUGAAGGAAACGCUCAGUGGAAAGCAAAUCCUGGGCCAGCGUUUCAACUCUUCGCCUCAAGUGUAUCCAUAUUUUUCCUCGCGUUGGUCUCUUUAGAACGCGCUUUCGCAGUGCUGUGCCCGUUUCGUCAUGGCACCGCAAAAACUCGAUUUUAUAUUUACAUGGUAACUGUCACCUGGGUUAUUGGACUUUUUUACGCUCGGUCUUAGCCUUCUAUUACCCGCCAAAAGUAAAGAGAGAACAUUUUAGCGUCACGGUUCAGUCUUCCCUUUUUAUUUCAUUGUGUGUGAUCUGUGGCAGUUACCUGAAAAUACGCAAUGGACAUGCGAUCGCUUGCACCCGAACUCGACAUUCUUAGUCGUUAAUCUGCUGAACGCAAUCUACGACUUUCAAGAACAAUUUUUGUUACAAUUGCUGUAUCCCUCAGUGUUCUCGAUGCCAGCUGCUGUUGUGUACAUAACGAGAGAAUUAUGCCAUCGAUGUUUUCCGUCACUCAUGAUUACAACUGUGAACACAGGGUCCAGAGGAAAUGUUUUUGUCGUUAGAACAUCAAAACCCGUCGAAAACCUCUGAAAAAAUGGGUUAUUUUGAUCGCGUUACAAUUUCGUUACACAUUCUAUAUACCGCAAACCAAGAGACUGAGGGUUCGCAAGAUCGUGUUACUUCUUUCCUCGGUCGCCCUUCGGGCGACGUGCUGUGCACCAGCGAGGCUAUGGCUUGCGGUUAUUGAUUUUCCAAAUGGCGAACAACAAAGUCGAUCUGGGUCAGAUAAGAAGCGAAGAAAUCGUUUACAGUAAAUUCGUAAAGAUCCCGUUGGGCUAAUUAAUCGAGCUAAGCAACAAGUAUAGACAUUUUUCAAGGUGAGACUUUAAUAAGUAAUUUAUUUAUUCACACGAAACUCCUCUGGACGCUGUGCUGUGAAUGCAGUUUGCAUCUGGCAAAUUCGAUGGUGAAUCCAUUCGUCUGCAGUUCCAGGAUGCAGAUAUUUAAAGACGCGCUGAAGAAGCUAUCGCGAAAAAGACGUCAAAAGGUGGAUGUGAGUUCUGAUCCCACAACAAGGCGGGGAUUGAGCUCAGGAAAUGCAUUUCAGCGUCCGAGAAUGGAAUGAUGCUACAUCCUGCCGAUCAGGCAUUGAGCAAGAAUUGGGUGAAGUGGAACCUCGUAAGCGAAGUUAAACCUUUACCUUUAUUAAGUUAGUAAGGCUGGUAAGGCAUCACACAAACUGCUAAGAAAGAAAAGAAGUACAUAUAUGUUCACCAGGCUAGUUUGUAUUGUAGUUCAUAAAACAAGUCACUUACUCCUUGAACACAGCUAGCAAACCCUUGCUGGGAGCUGAUACUACUCCCUAAAUAUUUAAACACUGAUAUAUGAAACAUCUCAGCACCGUUAGCCCUCCAAUAAAUUCAGCCUUGGUUGUCAUAGUGCUGGCAAUAGGAGUCACAUUCCAAAUAAUCGAAACACUUUCAACAGCGAUUGAUAGCAUGACUUGGAUGCAGAAUUCAAAAACAUGGCAAGCCGGUGGUCCACCUACAAUAAGGAAAGACAAAGUGUUUCUUAUACUCAGUAAUCGAUUUGAUCAAAAACAAACAUUACCUCAAAAUAUACUUUUCGCUUCAAAGAAAUACCUACCUUGAAAUAAUACACCUGACUUGCCAGUAGCCAGGAAUAUAAACAAUCAAAUUUUAAUAGUUCAACAGUACAAACAGGAAAAAAUUACGCGUAUGAUUGUCAUCUUAACCCUAUUCAGACUGGGGGGAUUUUCGAACCCCCCCUCCGGCAAAAUCGUGAUAACUCCUACACCGAAAGAGCUAUGACGUUCAAAUUUUCUGACUUUUCCUAAAAUUUAUCUAGGAACAUUUUGGUAUAACUACCAUGUCGAUGUGAUUAAUCAUGUUCCCAUGGCAACCAGUUUCUGACACAUAGGUUUUGGAAAAUUUAAAAAAUGGUGAUUUUUUUGUUUUAAGAUCGCGUUUUUACACUUAUAGUGCUUUGUGUUGUUAAAAUGGUCUUUCCUUGGGACUAGUUUUUGAAUUACAUCAAAAUGUUUCAACAUCGAAUAUUUCGGGGGGAGGGGUGGGGUAAAAUUUGUCACUUUUUUGCUUUGACAAAUAUGCUGCUCUAUUUUCCAAAUAACACUUCCAAAGUCAUUUGUUUGGGUAAUAAACAUUAGUUUGAUACUUCGUUUAUACAUUCUGAGCUUUUUCCCCUUUGAAAGUUGCUUUAAAUUAUAAUUUUAACCAAAAAAACGGAAAUCCAAGAUGGCGGAUCCAAGAUGGCGGAUCCAAGAUGGCGGACAACCAUUUCAAAUUUUAAAUUUCAUUGCUUCCUAUUGCUUUUCCUCGCUGUACAAGUGUUUCCUUGUUACUAGUUCAUAAGAAAGGAUAACAAAGAGAUGACUUUACCAAUAUUAUUGAUAUUUUACGUAUCUAAGUGGAAAAACAAUAAGAAACAUUGAAAACUCGGAAUAUGACGUCACUGUGACGUCAUCAUUGGGCGUGGCAAGUCAAAACUGCGUGUGGGGCUUCUUUGUACGGAGAUGAUCAUUGUGUGUAAAUUUCAUGACCCUAGCAUUAUUGGUUCCAGAGAUACAGAGGGGGGGUCCGAGGAGCCCCCAGUCACAGAUUGACCAAAAAAGCCCAGUCUGAAUAGGGUUAAAAAAAAAAAAGAAAAGAAAAACACAUUUUAGUCAUCUGACUUAUUGAACAGCGCAAAGACAACGACAGGAGCGGAAAAAAGUCGCCAAAUCGAUGUUUACUCACCUGACUAUGCAUAUGCAUGAACCUAAGGUCAGGACGAAUUUUUGCAGCGUUCAUGAACUGCCUUCAGUCAUAUUGCUGGUUUUCAGUGUGACGCCAUUCAAAAUAGAUCAAAAUAAUAAUCAACACCGUUCAAUAGAUAAAGUCCAGAAUCUGGGAAAUGAAAGGAGGUAUAUAUGCGAAGACCCUCGCCAUGAUUCAGGUCAGCGGAAUGUUUCGUAUACGAGACAUCCGAAGAAAUGUUUUCUUGGCCGUCAUGUGAAUGCCGCGUCACUGAAAAGCUUACAAAUUCAGGCGUACUCUAUCACAAAGUCCAGAACCCGUUUGAAGCGAAAAUUUGUAUGAAAAUUAGUUUUCAGCUGCUCUAAUACAUCGUGUAAGUAAAAUCUCGGUAGGAUUGAUAGUUUUGUAGUGUGAAUUUUAGUGACGUCAUGUGAAAACCAACAAUAGGUAAAGUACGUUAAGAAUUUCAAAUGCGUCACGGCAAAAUCGGUAAACAAGCUUAACUUGUAUAACCAGUCUGGCUGGUUUAGUCACGUAAACCUGUUUUUAUGGUUUCCCUUAUCUCUCUUUUAGUUUUACGGAAACUGGUUUCAGCAAAUCCCAAAGGAUUAUAAAAGCUAGACCAUCAUUGGAUGGCUCCUCUUUAAUCCAAUUAAUGCGGUCAAAAGGGAAAUACACACGCCUCCUAGAAAUAAAGACGGGAUGCCUUCGCAUCCCCUAAAAAAGUAUAUACUAAACUAUAUUCAUUUUUGUUCCCUUUUUCUGAAAGUGGGCUCAGAAAUCAACUGAAAGUGACCUACAACAGAUACGCUAACCAAAGGCUCUGGCUAAGCAGGCCAAGGGAAACGAACUACAGGUUACCUUUCACUAGAUGUAAAUUCAUUACUACAGCCUGUAAAAUUCUAUAAACAUGGUUAUAUAUUUGCAUUUUUGUUGGGGAAUGAAGGGAAGCUUUCAACAAGAUUUGACCAGCCUUAAACCUUUUUUUCCGCGAUCAAUAUUCAGUUUACUCGAUCGAUAAAUUGAUAAAAGUACGCCCUCUUUCCUAACAGAUCACAGAAAGAGCAAAGCGAUGGUUUCUUCGACUUUUACUGCCUUCGUUGUCAUCUAUACAUUGGAGGCAUUCGUUAUCAUUGUUGGAAACACGUUCACCAUAAUUGUCUUCUGGAGCCAGCGAUCUCAAUUGAGGCGAACAUAUUUCAUUCUUAUUAACCUCGCAGUUUCUGAUCUGCUUGUGGGGAUUGCCGAACCAAUUGUGCUGGGCACAGAGAAGAUUGCUAGGAUGACGGCCAUUCCAGGUAAAGAAAAAAGUUUUACAAAUCCAUCAUCUGUAUUUCAAGUCCUUGCGUCGACUACUUCAGUGCUUUUUCUCGCACUUAUUUCCUUGGAACGUGUUUAUUCCGUUUUAUGGCCAGUUCAUCACCGUACGACUAGAACUCGGUCUUACAUUUUCGUCAUAACCGUUGUCUGGGGUCUUGGAUCCUGCUUCUUUGGGCUGUCUGUAUUAUCCUUAUAUCAUACAAAAUUAAAGAGGAAAUAUGUUACUCUAACCAUUCAUGCGUGCCUUUUCAUAGCACUAUUAGCGAUUUGUGGAAGUUACCUUCAAAUACGUAGGAAAUGGCGCUCAAACGUCAUUCCUGGUGAAGAGAUCCACGCUCGCCAGACAGCUGAACGCAACUUACGACUGUCAAGAACAGUUCUCAUGGUUGUCGCUGCGUCACUGGUGUUAUGGUUGCCAGCGACCGUUGUGUACACUGCCAGACCCUUUUGCCGCCCACCAUGUGUUAGACCGAUUGUAAUGUCGGUUGUAAAUGUUCUUCAUCUGGCAAAUUCUAUGGUCAAUCCGAUCGUCUACAGCUUUAGAAUGGCAAUAUUCAAGGAUGCUUUGAAGAAAUUGUCGAGAAAAUGCCGACGACGUUCUGUUUGCAUCGAACCCGUUCAGGUUACUGACAGAAACUCA